AUGUUAAGACCUUAAAAGUCCGGUUUAUCGUUGUCUCUACCAGGAGGUGUUUAAGUGAUCCAGUGGAAGCCCUCCUAAAGCAACACCAGACGGCCUGGAAGUGUGAGGAAAGCCCAGCAACACACAGCCAUGUUGGAGGAGGACAUGGAAGUGGCCAUCAAGGUGGUGGUGGUGGGCAACGGUGCGGUGGGGAAGUCCAGCAUGAUCCAGCGCUACUGCAAGGGCAUCUUCACCAAGGACUACAAGAAGACCAUCGGUGUUGACUUCCUGGAGAGACAGCUACUGUAAGGAGAUUUCCCAUCGUUAGUGUGUCUUACAUAGCCUAUACACUAUUCAAAUAGUAUCAUGAACCUCCCGAGUGGCGAAGUGGUCUAGCUGUGCCACUAGAGAUCCUGGUUCGAAUCCAGGCUCUGUCGUGGCCGGCCGCGACCGGGAGACCCAUGGGGCGGCGCACAAUUGGCCCAGCGUCGUCCAGGGUAGGGGAGGGAAUGGCCGGCAGGGAUGUAGCUCAGUUGGUAGUUCGAUUCCCCCGGGGGGUAUGAAAAAUAAAAAAAGAAUGUGUGCACUCACUAACUGUAAGUCGCUCUGGAUAAGAGCGUCUGCUAAAUGACUCAAAUGUAAAUGUAAUGAACUUUUGUUGAAUAUGAAAUAAUACAUGUGGUUUUUGAAACUUACGUUUUAACCUGAGCACUUCUGCGUGAGGGAGAGGCUGGCGCUCGAUUGCUGCAGAGGGACCAAUGUGUGUGAGAUGGGAGGAGCAGACAGAGGGGUACCUAGUCAGUUGUACAACUGAAUGCAUUCAACUGAAAUGUGUCCAACGCGGGGGGCUGCCUUAAUCAACUUCCACGUCAUCGUGCCCGGGGAACAGUGGGUUAACUGCCUUGCUCAGGGGCAGAAAGACACAUUUUUACCUUGUCACCUCAGGGAUUCGAUCCAGCAACCAUUCCCAACGCUCCUACCCGCCAGGCUACCUGCCGCCCCAAAGGAUAGAGAGAUGUAGUAGCCACUAGUCAAGGCCACUCGGCUACAGACACCAUGUUAUUUAUCAUCCCAUAUAACAGUGCCUGUGUUGACUGGAGUAGCCUAGAGCAGGGGUUCUCAAACCUUCUGGUGCCGGGGACUCCUUUUGGGAUUGCAAAUUAAUCAGGGACCGCCUCAUAAUCUGUACACAACUCGAGUGAGAAUAAAAAAUAGCAUACAAGUUGUUUUACUAUGUCUUGGGCAGUGCAUGGCUGGACAAACCUCUUGGCAUCGGAGAGAACAUUUAGCAGUUUUCAAGCUAAUUUCCUGUAAUUCUACAUAUUUUGAGAUGUUUUGUUGUUGCAGCUUUAACACGAAUAUCCUGCAAUUCUACACAUUUUUCCACGAGGCAGAAAGAAAACGUUCCUGUUUCAAAGCUGAAAUUACAGUGCAUUUAUGUAACAAAUAAAUAAAUACAUAUUGAGUUGAAAAAUGAAUAAUUGGUGGAGUACGCUGGUUACCAAUAUCCCUGUGAGCCUCUCAGGCCCAUGUUGCCCAGGGUUAGGAACAUAAAUUGUAGAUUAAUAAUAUUACAUUUUAUUGUGUUACACACUCUAAAUUUAUUUCAUGGAUUCCUUGGCCAAAAUGUGUUUAACCUGUUGUUAAUAGUACUCAUGGGGGGAGGGAUCAUUUUUUAAAAUAUAUAUUUUGAGAUCUGGCUACAGAUCUCCUGCAGUACCACCGCGGACCCCCAUGCGCGACCCAAGUCAUAGUAAAACAACUUGUAUGCUAUUUUUGAGAAACCCUGGCCUAGAUAAGCCAGCUAAGCUAGCCAGCUAUAGCUAGCUAGGCUAAUUAAGGCUACAUUCUGCGCUUUCUCCCCAACCCCAUUCAGAUAAAACAACAGCCUACCUGUUGGUUGCUCAUUGUAGCCUACUCCUUCUAAUUUCACUAACUUUUAAUUCCGUAAUUUUAUUCCAUCUUGCACUGCAUUAGUGAACUCUCACUCCACUUGCUCCACAUUGAGCGUCUUUGCUGUUUUGAUUGGCCAACAUAAACAACAAACUACACACGUGAAGGCUACCGGUCGGCUACCGUUUAAAAAAAAAAAUACAUUGAAAAGUUUGUUUUAUUAAAUUAAUAAUUUGAAAUGUCAUAGUAUGUCUGUCCUUGUAUGUAACAAUGUCACAUGGAUAUUUUAAUUUAAUUUAUUCGCUAAAAUGAAUACUCACAAGUAUUCAAAUACUAACGUCCGUUCGGAUAUUCAAAUAACUGUGCACAUCCCUAAUAUACAUACAGUAUGUAUAUUAAGAUGCAUAAAAAUACACAGUACAUCUCUUACAGAUAUGCAGUACAAUCCGACGAGGUGCAUACAAUAGCAGCCAUACCAAGAGAUCUGGGGGACCGUACUGUCCUGAGUGACCACUAAAAUAAAAAUGAAGUGGGAAGUUUACAUACACCUUAGCCAAAUACAUUUAAACUCAGUUUUUCACAAUUCCUGACAUUUAAUCCUAGUAAAAAUUCUGUUUUAGGUCAGUUAGGAUCACCACUUUAUUUUAAGAAUGUGAAAUGUCAGAAUAAUAGUAGAGAGAAUUAUUUAUUUCAGCUUUUAUUUAUUUCAUCACAUUCCCAGUGGGUCAGAAGUUUUCAUACACUCAAUAAGUAUUUGGUAGCAUUGGCUACAAAUUGUUUAACUUGGGUCAAACGUUUCGGGUAGCCUUCCACAAGCUUCCCACAAUAAGUUGGGUGAAUUUUGGCCCAUUCCUCCUGACAGAGCUGGUGUAACUGAGUCAGGUUUGUAGGCCUCCUUGCUCGCACACACUUUUUCAUUUCUGCCCACAAAUGUUCUAUAGGAUUGAGGUCAGGGGUUUGUGAUGGCCACUCUAAUACCUUGACUUUGUUGUCCUUAAGCCAUUUUGCCACAACUUUGGAAGUAUGCUUUGGUCAUUGUCCAUUUGGAAGACCCAUUUGCGACUAAGCUUUAACUUCCUGACUGAUGUCUUGAUGUUGCUUCAAUAUAUCCACAUAAUUUUCCUUCCUCAUGAUGCCAUCUAUUUUGUGAAGUGCACCAGUCCCUCCUACAGCAAAGCACCCCCACAGCAUGAUGCUGCCACCCCCGUGCUUCACGGUUGGGAUGGUGUUCUUCUGCUUGCAAGCAACCCCCUUUUUCCUCCAAACAUAACGAUGGUCAUUAUGGCCAAACAGUUCUAUUUUUGUUUCAUCCUUGCUGAGCGGCCUUUCAGGUUAUGUCGAUAUAAGACUUGUGUUACUGUGGAUAUAGAUACCUUUGUACCUGUUUCCUCCAGCAUCUUCACAAGGUCCUUUGCUGUUGUUCUGGGAUUGAUUUGCACUUUUCGCACCAAAGUACAUUCAUCUCUAGGAGACAGAACGUGUCUCCUUCCUGAGCGGUAUGAUGGCUGCGUGGUCCCAUGGUGUUUAUACUUGCGUAUUGUUUGUACAGAUGAACGUGGUACCUUCAGGCGUUUGGAAAUUGCUCCCAAGGAUGAACCAGACUUGUGGAGGUCUACAAUUAUUUUUCUGAGGUCUUGGCUGAUUUCUUUUGAUUUCCCCAUGAUGUCAAGCAAAGAGGGACUGAGUUUGAAGGUAGGCCUUGAAAUACAUCCACAGGUACACCUCCAAUUGACUCAAAUGAUGUCAAUUAGCCUAUCAGAAGCUUCUAAAGCCAUGACAUCAUUUUCUGGAAUUUUCCAAGCUGUUUAAAGGCACAGUCAACUUAGUGUAUGUAAACUUCUGACCCACUGGAAUUGUGAUACAGUGAAAUAAUCUGUCUGUAAACAGUUGUUGGAAAAAUUACUUGUGCCAUGCACAAAUUAGAUGUCCAAACCGACUUGCCAAAACUAUAAUUUGUUAACAAGAAAUGUGUGGAGUGGUUGAAAAACGAGUUUUAAUGACUCCAACCUAAGUGUAUGUAAACUUCCGACUUCAACUGUACAUGCAUUUUGGCUGCACAGACGAUCUCUUUAUUCUCUUAACACGUUGUUUUAUAAGAGAUACCUGGCAUCUAUGUCUAACUGAAACUGUUAGUUAACUGUGUUUUGGCCCUAGAGAGUCCUUAAGGAUUUGGCCCAAAAGCACAGAUUUUCUUUAUUUUUCCAGUAAGUCUAUUUUCUUGUUUUUAUGCUUAACAAAUGUGAGGCAAACCCAUAACUCCAAUGUAAAGUGUCAAGCGGUAUUUCAUUCAGAUAGUUGUUUAUUAAUAUGGCGUGACAAUGGCUUCGGUCACAGAUAAUGGACAUGCAGUGCCCAGAUGUACGCGGAAGCAUGGAUAUUCUCAGGAAAUUCUCAGAGAAACCCUGAAAACAUUGAAACUCUAACUGCAUUGAAUAAAACAAUUGUCAGAUGGAGGUGCGCUCACUGAAGGCUUGAAGCAUUGUUUUUAUAAAACAAUAAAGUUGUGGAGGACAGUCUUCUGAGCGUCAAUCUCGCCUAUAACAUAUAGCGCAGAACUGUUGAAUGAAUAGUUUGAUAUGACAGUCAAGUAGAAAUGUAUACAUUUGAUACUGCUCUGUCUAUACAUUGAGAAACUCACAAUACCAUGUAUUGAAACCCCCUUUUUUUCCACAGAGUGAAUGAUGAAGAUGUGAGAUUGAUGUUGUGGGACACGGCAGGGCAGGAAGAGUUUGACGCCAUCACCAAGGCCUACUACCGCGGUAAGACUCCUCCCUCCCAGGGAAGGACAUGAACCUCCUCCACUGGGUCUGCCAGAAAGACAGCCUUUCACUUUUCAACAGGUCAUUUUUCAGUAUGGAUUCAGCUGUGAAACUGCACCAAGAUGACCUCACAGGGAACGAUUCAACUAGCAUGUCCAUAUUGUAUUUCUGUUAUUGUAUGUCCCAGGCAGCUACACCCUCUCCUAACACAAGACAUGCAAACUGGAGUGUAUGGAAUUUCAACAAUACAAAUAAUACGUAAAAAAAAAAAACAUUACAAAAUCAGUUAUUUGAUUUGAAAGCUUCUUCUUAUGUACAAACAAAUAACUGAGGAUCCAGCAUUUCUUAGCAUUGUGGUGACAGCUGCCAUGCUGCCCCGUGUACGUUUAGGUUGAUUAGAUCCCCAUUAGCUGUUGCACAUGCAGCAGCUACUCUUCCUGGGGUCCACACAAAACAUUAAAUAGCCUACAUUACAGAGUACAGAACAGUUGUUGACAAGAACAACAUAAGAUAAUAUUUAAAAUAAAGUAAGAAUGAUCUAUUGUCAAGACAUACUAUUUACACACUAUUCAUAUAAUUAUGUACAGUUAAAUUAGAUCUUUUAGAAAGUGGAAAGGGGCUGUGAUACGGUAUGUUUUUUGUAAUAUAUAUAUAUAUUUUUUUUAAAGCUAAACUUGCUUUUUUUUGUCUGAGUAACCUCUGGUGGCAGAGCAUUCCACAAUGACAUGGCUGUAUACAUUACUGAGCCAUGCAUGAUGUGCUCCAGGUGCCCAGGCGUGUGUACUGGUCUUCUCCACCACUGACAGGGGGUCGUUUGAGGCCAUCAGCAGCUGGUGGGAGAAGGUGGAGAUAGAGGUGGGAAACAUCCCCACUGUCCUGGUGCAGAACAAGAUUGACCUUCUGGAUGACACGGUGAUCAAAAAGUAACACUUCCAUAGGUUCAUUUGCCUUCUUGAACUUGGCCUGUUGUGAUAUAUCGAUAAAUAAAUGGACAUUUCUAGAUGCAUGGCUUGGAUAACAGACAUCUUGAUUAGACAUGAUCAAGCAUGGCAGAAUUGACCAGUAACCCUUUCUCUUUUCCUCCUGGUACUGUAGUGAGGAGGCAGAAGGUCUGGCCAAGAAGCUCAAGUUGAGGUUUUACCGAACCUCCGUAAAGGAGGACCUCAAUGUCAAUGAAGGUGAGUCAAAGAAAACGUGUACAACUGACCAGGUAAAUAACUGUUAUGUUAGGAAGAAUGCAAUGGGAAUCAUAAAAAAAUGACAUUUCUUCUUUUCAGUUUUCAAAUACCUAGCAGAUAAGUAUCUGCAGCGACUGAAGCGGCAAACAGCAGAGGAGCCCGAGGUAGUCCAUACAACUAGCAAUAAAAUUGGUAAGCAUCCUGAUAACCAUGUCAAGUCUCCAGUCAGUACAGACCUCUGGCACUGGAAUGGACAGUGCCACAGAGAGAUUUGUCUUGUUCUGCAAAGAUAGUUUGCAUUUAGGAUCUUCCCCCUCUCAUUUUAUCUUUACUAUACAUUGUCAAUUACAUUUGGUAACAUGACAACAUUCAUGAAAAAUGUGGGGUUCAUACAACAUAAGACCUAAAAAAACAAAAGUUUGAGUAAGAAAUCUGUAUCUCCCGGCUCUAGUUGAACAAAUCUUACGCAAUGGUAAAUCUUCUCGCGUGGCUUUCAGAGUUGUGGGUGUGUCAGAAAUAUUUAUGCUAUUUUCACAGCGGGAAUCAUGAGCGCAAUAGCUGGCGGUGGCGUGAAAGGGGCCCGGGUUUGGAUGAAUGAAUGAAUAAAUAAGUUCUAGGUGUGACAAGGGCUUGACCACUCACUGGCCAAUCAGUGUUCUCCAUGGCUUAAUACCUGCGUGAGUUUGUCACAAGUUGUGUAGGCUAUUGACGGUCGUUAUCAACUCUAAUUCGGCUGGAGGGCACGGAAUAUUCCCGUCCUGGUCCAUUGUGGAUUGAUACCGUACAUUAAAUAGCAUACAGCAACGAAUAAUAGCAACAUUAGAAUGCAUCCGGUGUUGCUAAAUAUGUUUGCCGUGUUUGCAGUCCAAAUUGUUCUAGUUGGCUUCAACACGAAGGCCUAAAUGUCUACGCAUCAGUAAAGACAAUGUGUUUUAUAUAGAAAUGUGAAGUGCAGAUUUGGACUCACGGGUGUGUGGUUUGCUUGAAUGAUAUCAAAGCGGUAUUCAUUAUAAUUCUCAAUUUCUUAGCUUUUCAGACCACGCUCAUAGACAUCCAAGGGAUCUCAUAAGAGUGCUCUUAGAACUUUUGUGUGUCAGCAAUGAGUCAUUUAAAGUUGUAUCACUUAACACAUCUACACAUCUCUACCCUAACAGGAGUUUUCAACACCACAAGUAGUAACCUAUCUAGUCAGAACUCCAGCAACGGCCGAGAAGUCAUCAGCUUGCGACCCAACAAACAGAGGACAAAGAAAAGCAAAAACCCCUUUGGUAGCUGCAGCCUUCUUUAGAAUUAAUCCAUUCCCUACAAUACUGUAUGUUUUGACUGCCAUGUGUGAGUGUAAGCGUCUCGAUUGAUGAUAGGCUGUGUAUUAUGGGGGUACAUUCUUUCACUGACCAAAGUCUGCAUAGGAUAUGGUAUUAUAUAUACAUUUGAGCAUAACCUACAGGUGUAGGUCUUAAUUUGAUCACUCUUUUGUUGCUGAGAAGUGCCCUGCAAAUGAGCUUCAUGAUGGACUUAAAUUCACAAAAAAUCUGCACUUAUAAGACAGUUAUAUUAACAGUAUUGCACUUCAUGUAGCCUAAUUUUGGCCAGCUAAUAGUCUAACCACCGAUCAAGCAACACAAAAAGUUCAAAUCCUGUUGCUGCAGGAUUAUAUUUGCUCCGACAAUACUGGUCAAAUUAAGAUCAAACAUCUGUAGAUCUAAUAUGCACCUGAGUAUUGUGACUACCAUGCCUUUUGAGCAUCUUUACAGAUCAAGUGCAGCCUUCGUUUCUCAUGGAUAGAUGUAUGAAAUAUAAAGCGCAAGUAUGGCAAGAGUAAUAAUAGUGGUUCUGGUGGCUGUAAUGGGUACUACAACCCAACACAGAUGCUAUGUUGUAGCAUGAAUGGAAUGCUUGAAGCAGAUCUUUUGGGAAAUUGUAGUUGGGCGUGGCAGGGUUUCCCCAUUUACACCCUUCAACAUGGUGUAGGGGAGGGUUACAUUCUAGUUCACUAACAAGGCGUAUUUGUACGUUCAUAUUAUGUGAUUUUUAUAGAUGACCAUUUGUGCAUUUGACUGUUCAUCUGUGCAAAAUGUUUGUAUUGUAAGACAUAUACAGAUUACUUUGUACCAUAUUUGUUCUAAAUUAUUAAUGGAAUAUGGUUCAAUAUACUGAGUGUACAAAACAUUAGGAACAUCUUCCUAAUAUUGAGUU